AUGACAAACAUUAAAGAAGUUGCAGUGUAUGUAGCUGUUACUGGCACCGAUUUGAAUGCUAACAAAACCGGCUUAUUUGUGCUGCCGUAUAUUGAUAAAAAUGAAAUUUCUGUGCCACAAAUAAUUGUUGAAAAAGCUCAUCAUGGAAAUGGUAAUAUGGGUGAGCUUGUUUGUGAUUCAAGCGGCACUUGGAUCUUACAUGAUACAAAUUAUCGAUACAUGGUGCAACAUUUAUUUUGUUUGGUUGUGGAAGCAAGAAAUUUGAAUUAUUUGUUGGAUAUACGUCGUCCCAAAUUUGACAGAGUAACCCCAUCGGUAUCAUAUCAACGCGGUGAUCCCAAAUUUUUUGAACAAUCAUAA